AUGGCGGCAUUCAUCAAGGCGGUCAACGCGAAGAUCAGGGCAAACCCCAUGCUCGACUAUGUCUGCUCGACUCACUUCUGGGGACCCGUGUCGAACUUUGGCAUCCCCGUUGCGGCUGUUCUGGACACGCAAAAGAGCCCUGAUCUCAUCUCUGGCCAGAUGACGGGUGCCCUCUGCAUCUACUCGGCUACGUUCAUGCGCUACUCCCUCGCCGUGACGCCCAAGAACUACCUCCUCUUCGCCUGCCACUUCGUCAACGAGUGCGCGCAGCUCACGCAAGGAUACCGAUACCUGUCGUACCACAACUGGGGUGGAAAGGAAAAGGCGGAGCUGGAGAAGGGCCUCGUGGCGGCCAAGGACACGGCAGCCAAGGUCGAGAACCGAGCCAAGGAUGCUCUCAGCAAAUAA